UUAAAGUGGCAUUAAAGCAACGAGUGGAUGUUGAUUCAAUUGAAUUGAUUCAAAGAAUACUUGAAGAAUGUUUGAUUGAGGCUGAAGAGGGAUAUACGAAACGGACACCUGUUUGCCUAUUCAAUGGGAACAUAAAUACAGAAAGACAUUUAUUUAGAACGUUGCUCGAGGCAUUUCAGCAAUUCGUAAGUCAAUUAAAACGACAAUUGACGUGGUAUUGGUUAUUGCCAUUGCCCCGUCAUUUCUACGGCUUCCGGUCACGGGCCAGCCAUCAGAAGAAUCCAAAGGCCCCACGGCGAUACCUGGUCAUGGACUAUAUAUUUGAGUGUUUCUUCAAUGACACCUUUGAGCAGAUUACCCGUAAUGGUCUGCAGGAUCGUCAGUCUCGUCGCGAUGUCCUGGACCAUCUCAGUGCCAUUAUCAAGGGCUGCAGUGAGGGACAGAAUAUGCCAACCGAAGAGGUUGCUGCAUUGGCAGUGAUUGCCGCUCUACGUUAUCAUCGUCUGGCCAAAGAGGACAAUGGACAGGUAUGCCUCAUGGGCAAGUAUCACAACAUUCUGUACAUUGCGUUGCGCACCUGCUGGGAUUGGGGAGUACGCGACUCGGAGGUGGUCGUUCAACUGUUGGUGGCCAUCUAUGAAUGCGAAAAGACUUUUGAGCGUAUAUUUUUGGGGGCUCUAUUUGGUCCUCAUGCUCCACAUUUUAUUGCUGGAUGGCGUAGUGAUUUUCUGAAUCAGCAUGAGAAUGUUCGUGCUAUGGUUUACUUUUUGAAGCAUGCCACACGGCAAAGGCUCGUGUUACCCGUUUUUAUACCGCGCUAUGAACAGGAGAGGCAACUCAGAUUUAUAGAUGUGCCCAUUGAGUCCUGUGGACGUUCUUCACCCUUGCGUAUUGCUUUGCAAGCAUCUUCACCGGAAUUACUGCUCAUACUGCUCAGAUAUGGCGCUGCACCGCAACCACCCGAUGGUGGAGCUUCUGUGAUUAUAUCACUGCUCGACAAACUCAUUGAGAACGGGCGCAAUUACAGUUGCGAACUGGUUUUGUGUCUAAGGAUUUUGUUGCGUAAUGUAACCAUGAUUGAAAUGCCUUUCAAGCCCAUUUUAUACGCAGUACGGCGCGAAAUGUUCUUUGAACGCUAUGGACGUUUGCUGAUGGACAAAAUAAUUUUCAAUGAGCAGGUCUAUGGUGUGCCCACACUGCGACAUUUAUGCCGAUGUCGUAUCCGUGAUGUCCUGCGACAGCAUAAUCAAUUGCCCAAUGGUAUUGACACAUUGAGAUUACCCAAUCGGCUGCAGCGAUAUAUUGACCUAACAGAGGAAUUGGAUGGUCCUGGCUCACAGCAAGAGGAACGAACGGAGUCCAAUAAAGCCCGUAACAACAAACCCAUGCAAGGACUCACAAAUGCCAUGCACAGAUUAGACACCAUAAGCAGUGCCGAAAGCGAGGAUGAAAGUGAGAAUCAAGGACAGUUGCUGGAACCAGUGACGGAUGCAGAAAAGGCUGCGGUUGCCGCCUUUGUGGCAACUGCGGAUGGAGCCAUUACCGAGGAGGCCAAACAAGCGGCAGUGGCUGCCUAUCUGGCAGUCAGCAAUGAAACUGAAUCCUAUGACGGUCAGGCAUGUCCCUUCGAUCAACUUAGAUAACCAGAGAGUAGACAUAGACAUAUAGACUCACCGAUAAGUGUCCGCGCUGACAUUAAUACGGCCGGGCACACCGGUCGUCUCGGUGCGGCUAGUUAGGUUAACGGUAUUGCCAAAGAGACAAUAACGUGGCACUCGAUUGCCGAUGACGCCUGUCACCACUUCGCCCGAAUGAAUGCCAAUGGUGAUUUGCUGUAACAAAAAAAAAAAAGAAAGAAUUCAUUUUAUAAACAUCAGUUAAAAAUUAGAAAAUAAAUCUGCUCUUUAAGCAACAAAGUUUACCAAGUGUCCGAACACCAUUAUACAUACAUAUAUUCCGCUAAUAAACUUUCUCUGUUUCGUAGAUAAA